GUGUGAACUUGGUACCGUGUUUUGUGUCGUAAAAAUAGUCCAAUUUUUUAAAUGCUGUUAACACCGCCAAGCUCGGCUCUCGUAAAAUCAUAAAUUCAACGAUAUUUUAAUCGGUAUUUCCUAAAAUCGCGGACGUUUCCAUCUGCUGUUUUACGUUAUCUUUGGCCCUCAAAUGCAAGAGAAGACGACAAGAAAGAACUGCAUGGGCGUUAUUACCGCAAGAUUUAUUCUGACGUGUAACUUAAUGUGCUCAAAUCCCGAAUUUCCCGAAUUGCGCAAUAGUCAGGACACCGUUUUUUUAUAAGGAUGGUGUCCGAGUAAGAAGCGGAGUCGAGCGAGAGUUUGAACUGCCCCCAAGAUGGUGUUGGGCAGCACCUUGGUGCGAUGCAAUGUCCAUCCUUGUCGCGUUUGUAAGUCCUCCUCGCCGUGGGAUCCCACUCUUGCGCCCUCCAUCCGCUAAGCUGGGCCCUAGGGGCCGUUUGCAGUUAGUGUGUGUAAGCGCCUCCUUGGAGUUGACAUUCGAGUGCUCUCUGGUGGUCGCCGUCAUCGCAGUGAGAGCCCUUUAUGCCGGGACGUUGGCCCCGCUUUGGACCACGGCCCCGAGUCUGCCCCAGCGCCCCCUGGCCGCCCUCUGCCUCCUUGCCACUUUAACGAUAGCGGCAAGGUGCUAUGCGUCCUCGAACGCUACGCAUCCUUUAGUCCAAUUCAGUCCGACGCCCUCUUCUUCCCUUAGUCCAAUUGAUAAUUCCAAUGCCCGACCGCAUUCUUCCACUUUAGUAUUAAGUAGGUUAUUGAGUCCUCCUCGACCUGUACAAAGUGAUACUAGCGUAAUUGUAAUAAAUUCUAAAAAGUUGUUGCAUAAUCAAAAUUCUAACGAGACGAAGACCACGAGGCGCAAAAAACCGAUUAGCGCUAGGACUAAGCGCGAACUCUACGCUUCAAAGUACUACAACAGGAUUUUUGAACAGACCAAGAGGACCAGCGCGGAAAAAAGCAACGAGGAGAAAAGAGCGAAUGUGCUGGUGACCAGUGAGACUGACAAUAGUGUGAGUGAUAGUGAUAGAGUGAACUAUACGACUGUCAACACUGCGCCAGAAAACGAACAUCAGAACGAUAGCAGCUUCUUAGACCAGGAGGACGCACCAGCCGCACACUCUGAAGGCACGGAACGGCCCAUGCCUCCGGUGCAUGACCACGGCAACGCUUCAUUGAGCGAUUGGGGCAUCUUGGUGCUGGUGUUGUCCGCAAUUGUGCUGACGGUGGCGCUGGGGCUCAUCACGUGCGUGCUGAGCCAUUAUCGCCCAGUUACUGCUGGCGAGGGGGCUGCAGACGGGGGCACGGCGGCCCAUCCGCACGACGCCGCGCGAACACCGACCACCGCACCCAUGCUGUCGGUUGUGAGCGCCGGCGCCGCGGCGGGGGUGGGCGGCAUGGACCGUCUGCGAGGCGGAAGAGCGGCCCGAGAGUUGGCGGCGACACGCGACCGCCAAGUGCGACUGCACGCAGUUCACACCGACAUUGCCAUCAACCUGCCGCCCAACAUAGCCAUGCCAGACGGCGAGGAGCAGCACCCUUUCACCUCCUCCAGACUGCACAUCCGGGACCCGGAGCAGGAGUCCGAAAUCCACCAGAAAUGCAUCCGACCGCCGCCUAACCGCACCGUGCUCGAGUCGGAGUCGCCGCCCCCGUACCGCUCGAGCUCGGCGGGCCUGUUGGGUUCGUCGUCGUCGUCGUCGUCGAGCGGCGGCGGCGGCGAGUGGUCGGGCGGGGGCGGCGCGCCUCUGGUCGUGCGCUGCCACUCGAUGUCCUCGUCGUCGAGCUCCACCGCCACCACCAAACGGCCAGAAGCUGGAAGCAGCGGACAAAAGACUGAUUUUUUACAUAGAACUGUUAAAAUUUUCACCGGGGGCAAGAAGGGGGCGGGCGCGACGCCGACGCCGCCCCCCGUGCACACGACCCUGCCGGUGGUGAUCGUGCCGACGCGCCCCCGACGGACCUCCACCGACCACCAGCAGCAGCAGCAGCAGCAGCAGCAGGGCCCCAGGCCCAAGCCCAGUGUCUGACCACACGUUACGGCCCCUAGGUGACUUUUUCAAUUUCUAGUUUAAAGAAGAAGCGAAACGAACGACCGAUCCGGACUCAAGCCACUCAUUCAACGAACGGACGUUUGCUGCUUGCGCUUACAAGACGAGUGAUACAGACGCUUUUAAAUGUGGUUCUUCACAUACAUGAGUGUUUACCGAACUCUCUCUCUCUCUGAUGAUCAUGUUGGAAUAUCGGCCAAGUAUUUGUUAUAUGUACCGUGUACAUCCAAAUGAUAAUUACUCAGAAUUAUGGAUAACUGUAGGUUAGGACACAAAACGACUCAACAGUUCUUCUCAGUAGUUAAUAGUCAAUGCGACCAGUUUUCAGAACAACGAAUUUAAUUCUCAAUUGACAAAAAAAAAAAACAAAGUUGUAGAGAAUUAAAUUUGCUACAGACAUCGUAUUUUCAUCUUUAACGGUUUAGGUAUAAAUUAAUUUUCAAUACUUGACCAGCGGUAAAAUGAAACGAAACCGUCGCUUGAGCGUCUAAAGAAAAUUUAAUUCUCUACAACUUUCUCCCAACACUUUUCUUGUAUCUUUACUGGUUUUCGUUUUGAAAAAUAAGGGUCAAAGUGCAAAUUUUAAAUGUACAGGCUGUCCCAUGGUAAAAUUCAUUAUUCACUUGUAAAUGUUAAAAAAUUAAUGAUUUUUUUUAUAGAUUGCAGUACUUAUCCCUGCCUCACCUAAAAUUAUCUUCAAAUAUACAGGUGUUUCGAAAAUGUUUCGGAUUGGUUGAUUUUGCUUGUUACUAAAAUAUAUAUUUUUUUUUAACAAAAACAAGCUCAAAAACUAAGAUUCCCAGAAAAGAAUGUUCAAACUUGAGUCAUAACACUUACCAAUUUGUUGGGACUUCCUGUAUAAUUUUUUCUCACGUUUCUCGUAAAAAUGUUACCUUUGAUUAUUUGAAUUUCCACGAGUCACUUUGGGUGCGCUUUUGUGUCCUAACUUAUAGUCGUCCAUAGCAGAAUCAAUCAAAAGAAUAUUUGGCGGCGCAUGCGCAGCGCAUAGAUAUUUCAACAACGCACGACUUGACACUAGAACAUUGUUCUGUUUUUAAAUAUUGUUUAUUGAAUCGAUUGGGAUAUUGAAGUGCAAGAAGAAGAAGAAGAAACAUGCUAAAAGUGUUCAUCUUAUAGUCAGUCAGUCAGUCAGUCAGCCGUCGUCAAAAUAGCUCCAACUGAAAUAUAAUCAUCACACAUCACAUUCCGAAGCCGGACCUGCACUCGCCAGCUGAUCUCAGACACUGUUGAGGGGCUUCCAAAGCCCCGCAGGUCCGGGCUCGGACUCUAUAGCAACAAAAUGUUAAAUUAUAUAAUUAUUAUAUUACAAACAAAUAUUGUAUAUGGUAGACAACACCGUGUAAUAUAGUGGAAACAUAAGCAUAUGUGAUGAUAGGGUGCUUGGGAACGCAUAUGUGCAUAUAACUUUGCCGAAACUUAUUUAUUUUAAUUGCAAUCUUUUCAGGUGCAAUCAAUCAAUCUCAUUAGUAUUUUAUUCGCGCGCGCUCUGUACAUAUUUAUUAUUGUGCCUCGCUUUCACGAUUAUUUCAUUCCAUCUCUAAUUAGGAAAAUUCCGACCGCUUUGUAUAGCCUCCUCAAUGCACCAAAACCAAUCAAUCUACUUAUAUUUAUUUUAUCGUCGUUCCACGAGGAAAGUUUGUUGCAUGUAUGAUGCCCAAGUUAUUAAAAAGUCUUCAUAACAACAAGAAAAUGUGAUUAUAAUUAAAUUUUAUUAUUAAAAAGUGAAUAAUAACAAAUUGAAACUGUUUUUGUAUUAGUGAAUUAUUAAAAAAGAAGUCGACUUUCAAGUGUAUACUUAUCUGUUUAUUUUUCUGUUCUCUUUCUCUUCUAAGAAGAUUUUUUGUUUAGAGGGACAAUUGUGUAAUGUGAUUAAGUAAACAUGAUUCAUGAAAUAAUAAAUCACUUUCAUUAAA